AUGCCGAGGUCGAAUCGCAAGAAGACUGAAGUAACGAUAAAGGGAGAGAAUUUGCGGCUGAAUUUGGCAGAAUUGUUAGGCGAAAUGACAGAUCGAGUGGUGCACAAAGUAAUAAGCCCACAACUUGUUGAAAAUGUAAGAUCAUAUGAGCAAUGGAUUAACGAGGAGCAGAAGAAGGGCGAGCAGAUCUUGAAAGAAUGUGGCUACGAAAUUCCUGUAAAGGAAAUCAACAUCGAACCCUGGACAACAAGAUUCAUGGAUUUGAUCAAUUCUGUGGAGAAUACUCGCAAUAGUGGCGCCAGAUCAACUGCUGAAGUUGGCAACAGUACCGAUUCAGUAGCUCGAGGUAGCCGUCGUACUACUGUCUUUAAUGCUGGCAGUAAAGGGAUAGAAACAAAAAGACCUACAAACGCAGAAAUGAAAAAGGAAGCAAAAAAAGACAGGACAUGUGAAAAAAUAGUUAACAAAAAAGAUGCGAACAAGGAAACAACUGAGAUAAGUGAGGCAUCAAACUCUGGUCCACAUAAAACUAUGGAUGCGUUCAGACAGAGCAAAGUGCAACUUACACACUGGAAUGAAUGUUCAGAUUAUUUUCAAACCGACAGUGUCUUAUGCACAACUCCAUCUUUGUGUACAGAGUCUGUGGUCCGACUCACUGGGAAUAAAGCCAAAUGGUUACCAGAUUGGCGAGAAAUAUCCUGUGUAUCUUCAGAAACGAGCAAGAAUAUAAUUACGCAAGGGCUUCCAAGCUCACGUUUUUCGUCUAAGUCCUUUAAAGAACAUGAUGACUUACACAAACCUGAAACGGAAUCAGCUUUUUUGGUCUUCAAAUCCAACAAAUCUGCCGAUGUCAAUAUGAAGAAUAAAACUGCAAAAGGAGGGAGUGGGAAAAGGCUGAAUACAGAUUUCUUAGAUUGCAUGAUGCAGAAGGUUUCGGAUGAACAGAAAGAUGAAAGGUCGCUUACUGUUGCAGUUGAGGCAGAAUUGAAUAAGAAGUGCCAAUUUGAUCCUAAAGAAUUUUUCAACUCUAACUUUGUUCAGGAAAACUCAGAAUUUCCUGACUGGGUCAAACCUGCAGCGUUAGAAGAAGCCAUGAUAAGGCAGGAACUGUCAGCAGGUAAUGAAGAAGCGAUCUUCGGCAAGUUCAACCCAGUCAACUUGCAUGAGAUGUUCGAGUGCUCCUGUACGAGCGGUUCCUCUGAUAUGUGUGAAUUGUACAACAGGCAGUCAGACGAUAAUAUCUCUUCCAGCACAUCAGAGCAUGGCUUCGAAGUACGCCCUGUACCUGCUAGGAAGCCAGUUUUCUACACAGUCAUGUUCUAA